AGGGUAUUCAAGAUUGUUCAAGUUUCACGGUAUCUUGAAGACCGAUUUACGGAUUUUCCAUUUUUACACCUUAGUCGAUUUGAUGGGGGCAAAUACUUCUUUUCGAGGAGUGUUUCUUCACGAAUUGAAGCAUUAUUAAUUUUCAGUGAAGUUUUAGAAGUGCCAUAUCCAGGAUCUCUACUUAUCCAACACUUACGAGACCAUUGGGGAACCAAUGAGUUGAUAGGCCUCAACAAUAGGAACUGUGUGGACUAUAACGAAUCGGUUGGGCCAUGGUCAGUACCUACUGGGGGAACCAAUGAGUUGAUAGCCCCAACAAUUCUUUGA